AGGGGAGACGGGUGUGCAGCACAGAGGACCCUGGGAACAAGAACAGAAAGGGCAACUCGGGUGAGACGGGCCAUAGGCGGCACGGCUGCCUCCCCGAACCAGGAUGGCGCUUCCUCCAGGCAGGCGUGUGUAGCAGCGGGAUACAGCACCAGACAUGUGGCUCUUCCUUGGGAUCGCUGGAUUGCUGACGGCGGCGCUCUCAGGCCCCCCAUCUCCAGCCCCCUCUGGCCAGCGCAGAAAUGGCAGCAGCACUCCAAAUGUUCCCUUGGACCUAGAGGAGCAGCUGGGGGUCCGCCUGGCGAACGGGAGCAGUCGCUGCAGCGGAUCUGUGGAGGUUCUACAGGGGGAUUCCUGGGAGCCUGUGUGCGCAGCGCACUGGGACAACCUCACCACUGACGUCGUGUGCCAGGCACUGAAGUGCGGUGACUCGGGGAAGCUUACCCACCUGACGCCACCUACCUCUGAGCUGCCAGCUGGGAACACCAGCAGGGCCGGGAACAUGACGUGGGCGCGGGCACCAACCGUCCAAUGCAGCGGAGCCAACUGGCAGCUCUGCAAGGUGGCAGAGCACGAGUGUGACAGCGACAGGAGACUGGUGUGGCUCACCUGUGCAGAGAACCAGGCUGUGCGGUUAGUGGACGGUGGCAGCAGCUGCGCAGGCCGAGUGGAGAUGCUGGAACACGGUGAAUGGGGAACAGUGUGCGAUGACACGUGGGACCUGAAGGACGCACACGUGGUGUGCAAGCAACUGAGGUGUGGCACGGCCGUGCAGGCUCUGGCUGGCUUGCACUUCACCCCAGGCCAAGGACGCAUCCACCGUGACCAGGUGAACUGCUCUGGGACCGAGUCCUACCUGUGGGAUUGCCCCGGGCUGCCUGGAAAUCAGUACUGCGGUCACAAGGAGGACGCAGGAGUGGUGUGCUCAGAGCACCAGUCCUGGCGGCUGACUGGAGGUGCCGACCCCUGCGAAGGGCAGGUGGAGGUCCAGUUCCGAGGGGUCUGGAGCACCGUGUGUGACAGCGAGUGGUACCCGUCUGAGGCCAAGGUGCUCUGUCGCUCCUUGGGUUGCGGAUCAGAGGUGGAUAGGCCCAGGGGGCUGCCACACUCCCUGAAAGGUAGAAUGUACUACUCCUGCGAAGGAGAGGAACCCACCCUCAGCAACUGUUCCUGGCGCUUCAACAACUCCUACCUGUGCAGCCAGUCGCUGGCCGCCAGGGUCGUCUGCUCAGGCUCCCGGAGACAUCUCAAUCUGUCUACAUCUGAAGUGCCUUCCCAAGUUCCAGUCACCAUAGAAUCCUCUGUGCCGGUGAGGGUGAAGGAUAAGGACUCUUCAGAUCUGACACUCCUCAUUUCCUGUAUUAUCCUGGGAACUCUCCUCCUUGUCUCCCUCAUCUUCAUAGUUAUUCUUCUCUUAAGAGCCAAAGGACAAUAUGCCCUCCCUGUUUCAGUGAACCACCAGCAGCUUCCCACUGCCAUCCAAGCAGGGAUCAAUAACUACCACGCUGUCCCCAUCACCAUUCCCAAAGAAGCUCCUAUGCUGUUUAUCCAGCCCCAGGUCCCUGAGGACUCAGACUCCAGUUCCGAAUCCGAUUAUGAGCAUUAUGACUUCAGCUCCCAGCCACCUGUGGCCCUGACCACCUUCUACAAUUCCCAGAGGCACCGGGUCACAGAGGAGGAGGCCCAGCAGAACAGGUUUCGAAUGCCACCCCUGGAAGAAGGACUGGAAGAGUUGCACGUGUCCCACAUCCCAGCUGCGGACCCGAGACCCUGUGGGGCGGAUGUCCCCUCUCUGGGCUCUGAGUACCACAGGAGGAGCCACAGUGGUUCCAGCACCUCGUCUGAGGAGAGUUACUGCAAUGACACCAGUGGCAAGCCGCCUCCAUGGAACCCCCAGGUGUUUUCUUCCGAGAGAAGUCCCCCCGUGGAACAGCCCCCCAGCUUGGAACUGGCUGGCUCUCAGGCGAUGUUUGCAGGUACAGGGACCUCAGCCGAUGACAGCUCCAGCACCUCAUCCGGAGAAUGGUACCAGAACUUCCAGCCACCACCCCACCAUCCUCCAGUGGAGCAGUUUGAAUGUCCAGGGCCUCCGGACCCCCAAGCAGAUUCCACUGAUGAAGAGGAGGACUAUGAUGACAUCGGAGCAGCCUAGCCUGGCUCCCCGAGGCUCCUGGGUGACCCCUCCCUCUGCUCUCCUACUCUACCAUCCAUAACUUUCUGAGAGGCUGAGGCCCCUAGCAGAGCUGGGAGGGUGGACGUUCUCCCAGCCCCACAUCCUCCCAUCGAUCAACCUGCAGGAGCCUGGAGCAGAAGGCAUGGCCAACGGUGUGAGCGCUGAGUCCUGGGUUGAACAAGCAGGCUCUGGCCACCUCUGGCAGUGGUGAAGGGCCAUGCUGGGUAACCUGAGGCCUCGUCUCACUGCCAUGUCCAGUACUUUGAUCCUAAGUCUCAGGAAGCUGCUCAACCACUGCUGAAAUGCAGGCCCCGCUUCGGGGCUGGCAUUUUCACUCAGGAAGGCAGUGCUGCCUCAAUGAAACCAGGGCCUUCAAUCAGAGUAGUGUACCGGCUUAGCAAGGGACGUGGCCUUCCUGGGCACUGUCAGCUGAACGUAGCCAAGACAAAGACGUGCUCCCACCCUGAGUCAGGCCAAGGUCAGUCCUGCCAACUGGAGGUCUCUGAAUCCAUCAUGGGCACUGACUGGACCUCUCUCUCUCUAUCUCUGGAUAACCGAACAUUUAUUCUGAGAUCCUUGGGUUCCUGCCCAGCCUCAGAGUAAGGGGAGGGGCAGCCUGGAUGGGGCAGGAAUGCAGGGGCCUGUCUUGGAGUGCUAGAGGGCACCAGAAGCUCUGAGUCCCCACAGAUCCCCUUGGGUUGACAGGAACACGUUGGGCUAAACAGGUCCCCACAGCCUCAGAGAACUGGAGGGCCCCAGCCAGGUUACAGUGGCCUGUCCUGAGUUCCAGAGAUUAAAUGAUUGCUGACUGAAA